GCGAAGGAAGGGGGCGGGGAGCCAGCGCCCGGGAGCCCAAGGAUCGCGCUCCCGGAGGCCUUGGCUGCCGGCCGAGCUCAGCCCGCCGGGGAGGGGGCGCCCUGGAGCCUCUUCACCCUGGCAGCUUCGGGGAUGCUGAGAAGCCCCGCCCUGGGGCGCUCGGGACCCGCUCGCCCCCACCCGCGCCUGCCACACCGUCGCGCGCGGUCAGGGAGGCGGGGCUCACCUGGCCGUUUGGGGCGGGGCCGCCCGCGACCCGGGAACGCGGAGGUGGCGUCGGUCCCCGCGGGGCGCUAGAGGGACUGGCCCCGGGGACCCGGCUCAGAGCUCCCACCCCUCCACGCCCCUCACCUUCCGCGCCGGGGCCCUCCCUCGGCUCGCCGGGUCUCUCCCUCCCUCUCCCUCCCCUCCUUUACUCCCUCCCUCCGAGCCCAAUUGCUCAAGCCGCUUCCUUCCCCAACGCCAGCGCCAGUUCCUCUCCCGGAGGGGCCCGGGAAGGGCAGCGAACGCUCGACCCUGGAAGCGCCGCGGCAGCAGCGGCAGGACCAUGGCCGAGCCCCGAGAGACCGCGAGCCCGGGGCCCAAGGCCUCCCUCGCCGCCACCGCGCUGAGCCCGCGGAGCGCCCCGCAGCUCCGCCCCUGGAGAGUGGAGGCCGCCACCCUGGGCAGGUACCGGGGCCACGCCGGCACCCCCUCCCGGGACCCCCUCCUCCACGGCUCAACGUUGUUCUCGGCAGCGGGCUCUGGCCGCCGGCGGGGAGCGCUGCGGGAGCUGCUGGGGCUGCAGGGGGCGGCCUCCGCCCGCUGGCCGUCGGAGGAGCGCGCAGAGGAGCCGUCCCCGGCCGGGCCGAACGGGCCGAACGGGCCGGGCGGCGGCGGGCUGUGCCUUGAGCCCCACGAGCACGCGUGGAUACUGGCCGCCGCCGAGGGCCGCCUCGAGGUGCUGUGGGAGCAGCUGGAAGCCGAGCCAGCCCUGUUGCUGCGGUGCGACCCGAUCACGGGCUACACGGUGCUGCACUGGUUGGCCAAGCACGGGUGCCACGAGGAGCUCAUCCUGGUGCACGACUUCGCCCAGCGCCGCGGCCUGCAGCUCGACGUGAGCGCCUCGGGCAGCGGCGGUCUCACGCCCCUCCACCUGGCGGCCCUGCAGGGCCACGACAUGGUCAUCAAGGUGCUGGUGGGCGCCUUGGGGGCCGACCCCUCGCGCCGCGACUACAGCGGCCACCGGGCCUGUCACUACCUGCGGCCCGACGCGCCCCAGAGCCUGCGGGAGCUGUCGGGGGCCGAGGACUGGGAGGCAGCGGGCGGCUGCGAGCGUAUGAACGCCAACAACAACAGCAGCGGCGGCGCCGCGUGGGCGCCGCGACGGACCCCGAGCUGGGUGGGCACGAGCUCCGUGGAGGCCCCGGCAAGAGCGGCGGCGUCGCCUUGCAAGGAGAAGAACUAUACGGGCAGCCGGGUGGUGCAAAUUCAGGGCCUUCUCCGCCAAAUGUUCCCCUUCUUCCAGGACCGUUGAGGGCGACAGAGACUGAAGAGCGCGGAGGGACCGUGACGCUGCGGUCGAGGCCUCGGUCGCGGGUGGUCUCGGGCCCCACCCGAAGGCGCGGCAGCUCCUGCCGCAGCCGAGCGCGCCGUGCCUGCAAGCAGCGGACCACCUCCAGGUUUGUCACGCGUACCUGUCCCAGGUCUCCUACAGCCACCGGCCAGGAGACCUGGGGAUCAGGACACCCUCACCGAGAGAGAGCAAAGACCCAGCUGUCCUGGGGCCGAGUCCCAAAACUAGGGCACUGAGGAGUUAGGGGUAGGGGGAUGGUCGUGCUUGGGAGAGGAAACGUUGGGCUUCCAGGAGCCGUUUCUGGACAGGCCGAAGCUCUGGGUGUACUGGGAAGCACUUGCUAGAAGAAUGACUUAAGACUGGAGAGCACGGAUAGGGAGGGGGGUACGCGCCUGCCUGUAGGCUUGCCUCCGCUCCUGCUGCGGGCAGAGUCACCCUUUCCCCCAUCCUGCUCCUGAGACGUCCAGGAUUUACCGUUUUUUUUUUCUAAUGUAUCUCGGAUGCCUUCUUAAGCAUAUUAAAGCGGGAUAUGUUUUCUUUUCACAUGACAAAGCUGUCCUUUGAGUGACUUUUUUUUUUUUUUCAUUAACCACUGAGUGUCGGAAGCUUCCUACAUUCCCGGGGAAGAGUUCACCAACCCAUGGCCCUGAGCUAGUGGUCGGGGUGGCUCUGGACCUUGUUCCCACAGCGGGCCAAGCGGCGUGCUGGAAGGAGCUGCAUUCACCUUGGCUCUAAGUAGAGACACACAGUUUGCCUUUCUCCCGGGCUCUUUUAGACAAUUAGGUCCCGCUUCGGCACAAGUCUCAUC